UCGGCCGUCUCUAGCGAAAAUUUCAUGCGCCAAAAACGUAAACUAAAGGAGUUUUGUGGGAAUUAAUGCGGUUCCACGGACAUUAAACUGGUAAAUGCACUGCACAAAGUGAACAUAAAAGCGAGGACACCAGAUUCCCGGAACUGCUGCAGUGCGUCCUGCGGAGAGGCGGAGUGCAGUAAAAUAUUUCCUCCUUGUGGGUGGUACAGCAGCGCAGGAAGAAGAAGAACGGCAACGCUGCACUCCAUUUGAUAAACAAAAGUUAAAAACAAGGAAAAUAAGAGUUAAAUCAACAGCUGGACAGGAUGUUCAGCUAUAGCAAGUGAGAGUAUAGCUUGCACUUGACCCCGAAAUAGAAAUACAUCAAGAUUAAGAUGCAGCAAAUGGACGACCCGCCAUCGCUACCCGUGGGCACGGAGGUGAGCGCCAAGUACAAGGGCGCCUUCUGCGAGGCGAAGGUCAGCAAGGUGGUGCGCAACAUCAAGGUGAAGGUGGCCUACAAGCAGGGACUCGGCUCCGGCAUCGUUGCCGAUGAUGCGAUCAAGGCGCCGACGGGCCAGUUGCGUGUGGGUGCCCAGGUGGAGGUGCGUCAUCCGGAUCGCAAGGAGAUCGUGGAGGCGACCAUCGCCAAGAUUCAGGACUGCUCGCAGUACACGGUGGUCUUCGACGACGGCGACAUCACAACGCUGAGGCGAACGGCCUUGUGCCUGAAAAGCGGUCGCCAUUUCAAUGAAAGCGAAACGCUGGACCAGCUACCGCUGACCCAUCCGGAGCACUUUGGCAAUCCCGUGGUGGGCGGACGGCGGGGCAGGCGUCGUGGCCACUUAAACGAGGACAGUUCCGAGGACGACGACGAAAGCGAUGCCAAGGAGGUGGUCAACGAAAAGGAGGAGAACAUCGGCAAGGUGGUCUGCGUGGAGACGGAAUCAAAGAAGAAGGACAAGGAGAAGUGGUUCCCCGCUCUCGUGGUGGCGCCCACCGCUCAGGCCACUGUGCGCAUUCGCGUGAAGGACGAGUACCUGGUGCGCUCGUUCAAGGACGGCCGCUACUACACGGUGCCCAAAAAGGAGGCCACCGAGUUCACGCGCGAGGUGGCCAGCAAACAGGAUGUGCCUGCUGUGCAGGCGGCCCUCGAGUUCCUGGACAGCAGCAUACUGCCGGCCCACUGGGACAGGGACUCGCUGUUCGGCCUCUCGAACAUCUCGAGUGAUGACGAGGGCGAGAUCGACUCCGAUUCCUCCGACGACGAGCCGCACGAGGAGAAGGAUCGCUUUGUGGCGCAGCUGUACAAGUACAUGGACGAUCGCGGCACGCCGCUCAACAAGGUGCCCUCCAUCCAGAGUCGGGAUGUGGAUCUCUAUCGGCUCUUCCGUGCGGUGCAGAAGCGCGGCGGCUACAACCGUGUGACCACGCAGAAUCAGUGGAAGCUCAUUGCCAUGCGGUUGGGAUUCACGCCGUGCACGGUGAGCGUGAUGAAUCUGGUGAAGCAGGCGUACAAAAAGUUCCUGCAGCCGUACGGCGACUUUCACCGCAAGCUGGGCUGCUCCAUGCUGAUGACCUCACGCAACUCCAACCGCAGCAAGGGGCGCAGCCUGGUGCGAGCCAAUUCGGUGGCCUCGCCGAAACCGAUGGAGACCACCAAAACGGAGACAAUCAGCAAGCUGGCGCAACCCAAUCAAACCAACGCAGCGGCUUCAACUUCGAGUUCCGCAUCAGCGUCAACAGCUGCGGCAGCAUCUUCGGCCACGCCGGCCAGAGCCAUAUCCACCGCCUCGCAGUCGGCAGCCGAGGAGUCGGGCAACACCAGCGAGUCCAGCGUGGUGGUGGAGCCGCCCAAGAAGCAGCGGAAGGGAUCAGCGGCCAGCAAUCAGCAGGGCAAGGUUAAGAGUUUGGUGGAGAAGUACGAGGAGAAGUCCACGGCAGCUCCAAGCUCCUCUUCGGCGUCUGCAGCUGGCGGAUCCGUAGCCAGUGGCUCAUCUGCCACCGCAUCAGCAACUUCAGCCGCAACCUCCGCGGCAGCUGCCUCCGCAUCAGCAGCAGCCACUUUCGGUGGUUCGGCCGCCAAUGCUUCGACAGCUGGUAGCAGCAAGGAUACCGAGGCGGAUCUGCCGCUGGCCAAGAUCAAGGCAGCGGCUGCGGCGGCCGCUUCCACCAGGCACAGUUCGGAGAAGGAGACGAACAUCAGUUCGGGUAGCAGUGCCUCCGCCUCCAGCAAAGCGAACUCGGCGGAGUUGCAGCGCAGUCGAGAUGCCUCUCCAGCGGUGGCUGCACCGCCCUCGUCUGGCGCAGGGUCAUCCGCUCCAGCCACCGCCUCUGCUGCCCAGCCGACGACGACUGGGAAGAAGGAGAAGCACCAGCGGAGCAAGCAGGCGGACAAGGAGAAGGACAAGGACAAGGACAAAGACAAGGAGAAGGAUAAGGAGGAGAAGCAGGCGGGCAGUGGGAAGCGCAAGAAGGAGAAGAUCAGCGUGGAGAAGAUCGACACGGGUGACUUCGUGGUCGGGAUCGGGGACAAGCUGAAGGUGAACUACCACGAGAAGAAGUCGCCCAGCUCGCAUGGCAGCACCUACGAGGCGAAGGUGAUCGAGAUCAGCGUGCAGCGCGGAGUGCCCAUGUACCUGGUCCACUACACCGGCUGGAACAACCGCUACGAUGAGUGGGUGCCCCGCGAGCGGAUUGCCGAGAACCUGACCAAGGGUUCCAAGCAGAAGACGCGUACCAUUAGCACCAGCAGUGCAAACAGUGGGAGUGGAGGAGGAGGAGGCGGCGGCGGAGGAGGAGGGGGAGGAGGUGGUGGUUCCAAUUCGGGACCGGGUUCCCUGCCUCCUGGAGCCAAGGAUAACGGCUCCAAAAUGCCACCUUCAGCUGGAAAUUCGUCGGGACCAGGAGGAGCUCCCUCGCAACCAGGAUCCCUGGGAGGAGGUUCCAGUUCCAGCUCCACUCCCUCCCUUCUCUCGACCGUGGUGAAAACGCCGACCACAGGUGGUGGAGCGAAGCGAGGACGCGGACGCAGUGACUCCAUGCCGCCGCGCUCCACCACGCCCUCAUCCGUGGUGGCUGCCCACUCCGGGCGCACCAAGUCGCCGGCUGCCUCGCAGCCGCAACUGCAGCAGCAGCAGCAACAGCAGCAGAUAAAGAAGCGUCCCAUGCGCAUCGUGCCGGGAGCCACCACGCCACGUCGCGUCUCCGAUGCCUCGAUGGCCUCCGAAUCGGAUUCGGACUCCGAUGAGCCAGUGCGUCGGCCCAAGCGCCAGAGCGCCAAGGAGACCCGGCAGCAGGCGGGCAAGGCGCCGCCACCGGGAAAGGGAGGACGAGUGGCCAGCAGGGCAUCCUCGACGGCUCCCGCCGUCCGCGAUGCCAGCGAUGAUUCCGAGGAAGAGGAGGAGGAAGAGCCACCAACCAGAUCCGCUUCCUCCAAGCAGCAGCAGCACCAGCAGAAUGCCACAGUGCGGGGAUCUCGAGCUGGUGGGAGUCGCGCCAUGAGCAGUGGCGCCGCCUCCGCCAAGGGACGCGACUACGAUCUCAGCGAGAUUCGCUCCGAGCUGAAGGGAUUCCAGCCGAAGCUGCUAACGAACGCCGCCUCCAACGAGAUAAAGGAGGGCGUGGCAAAGAAGGAGUCCCUGGAUGAACCAACCACGCAGGACAUCAAGAAGGAGCCCAAAAUGGAGUCCAACAAGAGCAGCUCCACGGAGCUCUCAUCGGAGACGGAGUCGUACGUGGAUGAGGAUUCGCAGUCCUCCGAUUACCGCAAGCAGGGAAAGGGCUCGGGAUCAGGAGCAGCCAAGAAGGAAUCAGCAGCCAGUGCCUCCAAAUCCCAUCACGAAUCGGUGACGAAACGGGAGGUGAAGGAGGAGUCACUCAAAGUGGAGCCCAAAACGGAGCCCAAGGAGGAGGAGCUCAAGAGCAAGCCCUUCCUCUCGGGAGCGGACAUCAAGCCCACCACUUUGAUUGCGCCAGCGAGAUUCGGAAAUGCCUCAGCUGGCCAAGCAGGUGGUUCCUCCACAGCAGGAGGAGGCUCCACCACAGCGAAGUACACAUCGGUGAUUGUGGAGAAACCACUCACGAUUGGCGGCAAGAAGUCAACGGAGCAGCAUGCUCCGCCCAAGAAGGCGGAGUUGCUCAAAAAGCAAUCGGGAGGAGCCACUGGAGCGGGCACUUUGCUGGCCAGCCAGCAGGAAUCGAAGAAGUUCGCCGAACCGGUGGCCAGCUUAAAGGUGGAACUGCCAGCCGCCUGCUCACCCUCGUCGUCCUCCUCCUCGUCCAGCUCCUUCUGCUCCACCGCCUCGGGCGCGAGUUCCAGCUCGGCGACGCGAUCCUUGCCAGACAUGAGCAAGCUGGAGAUCAGCAGCGGCACUGUUCCAGGAGCCACUGCCACAUCGGCUCCAGUGGCCUCCUCUCAGCCGGGGAAUGCCACGCAGCUUGGAUCAGUUGCUGCCACUAAGGAAUCGAAGUACAGCAGCAGCAGCGGAGGAGGAGCAGCAGGAGGAGGAGGAGCAGCAGGAGCGGGAUCUGGCAUCAGUAUGCGCAAGCUGCUCUCCUCGGAUGUCUACGAGUUCAAGGACACGGAACCCUUCGAGUUCGAGAAGCGCAUCUCGCCGAUGGCCUCCGUUGGAGGAGCUGUGGCAGCGGGAGCACCUGGUUCGGCAGCAGGCGCAGUUGGAGCGGGAACCGCCUCGGUGAUCACAGCGGUGAUGCCCACACCAGGAGGAGGAGCCGCCACAUCCGGUGGAGUGGCAAUGGCAAGUGCUCCUUCGGCCGUUCCAGUGGCAGUUAGUUCCUCGGCCAGGAAGCUGGCACUCAAAGCGAGCGCCAUGCAGCAGAGUCUGGAGCAGCACCAGCUGGCACCGGCGACUCCUGGACACGAACGUGCUGGUGGCUACAGUGGGUUAGCAACGGGUUCCGGUGGCUUGACGGCUGCCAAGGCCAAGAAGCGUGGUUCUCCCUUGAAGGAGCCACCGCUUGGCUUGGAGAAACCGAAGAUCUACAAGCUGGACAAGGAGCAAGUGCAGCAGCCAGCGGACCAGAAGAGCCAACAGCUGACGCCGCCCAGUUUGAAGGUGCUCCAGCCGGCAGGUCAACUAACUCCCUCGGCUGGCAAUCCAGUGAAGAUGCACACGCCACCGGGAGGAGCUGGAUCCACCAGUGGAGUGGGAGCGGGAGGAGGAUCCUCCGCCAGUACCCCAACCUCGAGCGGCGGCCACUCGCUGCUCUCCACCGCCAUCGCCUCCACUUCCAGUCAGCUGGCUCCUCACCAUGCCACGCCAUUCGAUGCCCUCCGCAAGUCGCCCAGCUUCAAUCUGAACAUCACGGCACUCAACGAGGAGCUGGCACAGACCGUCCAGGAAACCACGCGAGCCCUCACGGACGCCCUGCAGCCACCGACGACUCCCCAACCACCUCCUCCACCGCCACCAAGCUCGAUUGCUUCGCCAGGAACGCCAGUGAUUACGCCAACUGCCUCGGCAGCCGCACUGAGUUGUCCAAGCACUCCGCCCACGGGCUCCAAUUCGGUGCUGGCCUCUCCCAAGUUGAGCACUCCCCCGCAGGCAGUCAAUGCUGGGAAACAGCCACCGGCGCCGCACAUCGUGGGCAGUCCCUUCAUCGAAACCCGCAACGUUUUCGAGCUGAGCACCUCGAACGAGGGCAGUGGCUACAGUUCCGGCGAGUCGAAGGACAACAAGCUGGAGAAGCUGGAGAACGUCAAGAUCCUUCUGGCCGGAGCGGCGGGGCCCUUCGAUCUGGAUGCGGGCAGCUACGAGCAGAAGACCAGCUCCAUUGCCGACAAGGUGCUGAAGGCGAUUAGCCAGAAGAAGGAGGAAGUGGAGAACAGCAAGAGCAGGCCAGCGCCAUCGCAAUCGCAAUCGCAUUCCCAGCCAGCGGUUGUUGCGGUGGAAGGAGCUACAAAGGCGACGCCUUCCGGCGAGGAGCCAGUGGGCAGUGCGAGCGCAACGCCAGCGAAGCUAUUGGAGCUCGGCAGCAGUGCCAUCAAGCUGGACACACUGAAGCUACUGGGCGAACCACUCAAGAUUCAAACGGGUCCGCUGCUGGGCGAACUCUAUCGACCUGGACCGGCGACCAGUAGUCCCGAAACGAAGUCCAUUCUGGAGUCAUCGCUACCGGCGAAGAACAGCGAGCUGAGCGAGACCAUCCAGAAGCUGGAGUGCGCCAUCCAGCAGCGGAAGACGCCGGUGGGCGGAGCUCUCUCGCUGGCCAGCUCCACGGCGGGCACACCGCCCGCUGCCCACACUCCGAACUCGACGGCGACCGCGGGAGCCGGUGGCUUCUCCGAUGAGUCCAUGGACAGCACCGAUUCCGAGCAGCGUCUGGUCAUCGAGGACGUGAUUGCCGAGGAGCACACCACCACCACCACGACGGGUGAGCAGAAGAGUCCGGGCUCGGGACACGACGAGGGUCAGACCACCACGGCCACCAUGGCGACGGCGAUCACCGCGGAGACGGAGGGCACCACCACGAGCAGCAGCACACCACCGGUGUCCGCACCAGUUAAACUGGAACUGGGUGGCAAGGCGUUGCCCGGAAUCCAGGCACCUAUUCCCAUUAAACCCUCGGAGGGCAGCUCCUUUGCUGGCAAGAUAUCGGCGGUCACCCAACCGCCACCGCUUGCCAAACUGCAACAGCAGCAGCAGCCACCGACGGAGGAGCUGGUGACUGCCGGCGGUGGUCAGGGGAAGGGCAUCAGCUCCUUUGGCAUUCCCAUCGUGCUGCCCGAGAUCCCCGCCUCGGUGGUGGUGGCCACGCCCGCUCUAAUGGUCGCCUCCGCCGCUGCAAUGCGCCAGAGUCCGGGAUCCACGCCCAGUUCGCCGGCACCCGUGCUGAUCUCACCCAAGGCGUUCCUCACGGCGCCAAAGGUGGGCGAGGUGGGUGGCCUGCUGCUGAAGGCCUACACAGGAGUGGCCGGAGGAGCAGUUCCCGGCGGAGCAGCAGUGGCAGCUACAGGAGGUGUUAUAGCAACAGCCGGAGGAGCAGGAGCCGGAGCACCCACUGUCAUCUCCAACUACAGGCAGUCACAGCAGCAGGCGCCACAGCUGCCCACCAGCAGUGCUGCAAGCUACAUACUGGAUGCGGAAAUGGGAGAGGCUCCCAACAGCAGCACCUCGCCAGUGGUGGCGCGUCCAUUCGUGAUGCACGCCGUCGGCAAGGAGCUGUUCAAUGUGGUGGCACCGGCGGCCAGUUCGCCUCUGAUCAGUGAUCCCCACAACGAGUCGAUCAACCUGCUGUGCGAGGAGACGAUACCAGGCAGUCCGGCUCCCAAUUACGGCGGCACUGAGCAGCUGCCCGCCGCCGUUGGCUCCUCCUUGGCCAUGGUGGGCAUAACCCCGCUCCCGCCAGAUACGCCGCCUCCAGGCGCCACUGCAGUGGUUCACCAGCAGCACCAGCAACAGCAGCAAUCGCAUCCACAUCAUCCAGGUCAAGCUGGGCAGCCGCAGCAACAGCAGCAGCAGGCUGGAAAGUCAGCGGAGGUCAAUCCCUCGGCAUCGAACAGCUCACCGGACUCGGCCAGCCAGGAUGAGAGUGGCGAGGAGGGCAAGAAGAACGCCGAGCUGGAGCACGACGACGCCACGGGAUUGGGUGCGCUGAACAAGCGGAAGCGAACCCGCAAGCCGCUGGUGAUGACCGCCACGGCGAUCACCAAUCAAUUCCUCACCUACACGAAGAGGCGGCGCCAGGUGUCCGGAAUGCGCAGCCAGAAGAACGCCGCGACCACAGCUGGCUCCGAUACGGACGACAACUCGGACAACAUAGCGCCAACGGCGGGAGGACAGCAGCAGCAGCAGCAGCGACAAAGUGCCCGCCAGCAACUGUUGCCCCAAGGAAACGGGCAGCAACAGCAGCAGCAGCAGCAACAACAGCAACAGCAGCAGCAACAACAGCAACUGCUGCAACAGCAGCAGACGCAACUGCAGCAGGGCGUCCAGUCGGGAGUGCGUCCAUGUCCGUACAACUUCCUCGUAGAAUUGGAUCCUGCGCUCAGUUCCGAUGAGUGCAUCACGAUCCUGCGCAAGCAGAUCCAGGACCUGCGCAAGGCCUACAACACCAUCAAGGGUGAGCUGAGCGUCAUCGAUCGCCGGCGCAAGAAGCUGCGUCGUCGGGAGCGGGAGAAGAAGCAGCAGCAGCUGCAGAGCCAGCAGCAGGGCAAGGUUUGUGCCUAGCUCGAAUGGGACUCGCCUGCCUCGCCAUCGAACGGGGAAAGCAGCAGCUUCAAGUGACUUUAAAGCCCCCGAAAAAAUAAAAACAACAUGUGAAGAUCGGUUGAUCUAGGAAUACUUUGAGCGUAAUUUGUAAAUCUACGAAGUGUUACUUUUUUCUAUAGGCUAAGGACAGUAUCUGUAUAAAUACAUUUCAUAAGAUGUAUGUAUCUCUAAGAAUAAAAACGCAUUUUAUUUACCAUA